UCGGCCGCAUCCAUUCCGCAGAUGGACUCUGCUCUGCCGCCGCCGCCGGAUUCCGCAGAUGCCUGCAUUCCACCAGACAACAACAGGACCUCGUGCAAUGCCCAGCAACAUGUCCAGAGUCCUGAUAGGAUCAGUUCACUGCCAGAUGGCAUUUUGAUCAAUAUCCUUUCACUGAUGACUGUACGUGAGGCUGCAGUGACUGAUGUUCUUUCUACAAGAUGGAGACACCUCUGGGAAUCUGUGGACCAUCUCAUCCUUGACAUGCAUACUUUUGGGAUGCAAGUGCCCCCAAAUUCAGAUAAUCAUGGAAAUCUUGAUUUCUCGAAUUCAGAAGCUACAACAUUUGUGCGCAAAGUAAAUGAACUUUUAAGCCAUCACAAGGGCAAUAAACUCAAGGAAUUCAAGGUCGAAUUCCCAUUAAGCUCAGCCCAUGCUUCUGAGCUAGAUCGAUGGGUUGCAUUUGCUGUUGCAUCCCAUGCAGAAACACUCACUCUUUCCCUUUGUGAUGAGCAUGGCAGGAUAGCCAUAGAUCAUAGAGAGGCAUAUUUCUUCCCUUUGAAGCAGUUUUCUGAUGUGGGUGGCUGUCAAUUGCAUGUAUUGUCUCUUUACGAGUGCAUUUUUGAAACAGUACCUGCAAACCUCAGUGGAUUUUCUUGUCUGUAUUCCCUGUCACUCUGCAAUGUGCGAGUGGUUGAUGAGGUUCUUCUGAGUAUCAUGUCCAGCUGUAAUGCUCUUUGCUACUUGUAUCUGAGAUCAUGCCAUAAAUUGAUUGAUCUAAGAGUUUCUCAUGCACAACUGGUGAACUUGGAAGUUUAUUCCUGUGGGAGAUUAAGAAAUAUCAGUAUUCAUGCUGAAAAAUUGGAGAGUUUCUCAUACAAGGGUCGAAGAGUAGACAUUGAGUAUGAGUGUGUGCCAGUUCUUAGCAAGCUAGGUGCUUAUUUCGGGAUUCUGAAACACACUUUGGAUCUCUUAGAUAAUUUUCCUAAUAAGCUCAAAGUGCUGACAUUACAUUUUCCAUCACGUUGUCAGGUAUCUCGUAUACUACAACACAAUGGAAGGUUUGCUGUUUUGAAGGAAAUUACAUUGUGUAUAAAAAUGCGUCAGUCUUGGAAAAAUAGCAUUCGUAUUGUGGCUCUGAUCCUUCAAUCUGCUCCUUUAGUUGAAACACUUAAUCUUGAGGUUUGUGGCAACCUGCGACCACUGAAGAUGCUGAAGAUUAGAUGGCCCAAGAAUUUUACAGCUGCAAGUCUCAGGACUAUUAGGAUUGGAGGGUUUAGUGGGGAAUCAGAAUUGGUGCAUCUCUUGCUGUUUCUGUUAAGGAGGUCACCUGUGCUGAAGACACUUGUAAUUCGCACACAUCAAGUCAGGCACCCAGCCUUGCGCAUAUCGGAGAUUGAGAGGUCUAAAGAUGCUGCUCUGAGGUGCAAUUAUGGAAGAGAGGUGGCCCAGACACACCUGGCUCCUAAUGUUCCAGCUACCGUGAAGCUCAGCAUUAUGUGAUUAGUGUGCUAAUAAUAACAAAACCAUGGUUGUUGUUGAUUACCAGUGAAGAAGUGUAAUUCAUGCAUGCAUACCCUAAGUAACGUUCGGAAAAUAUCUUUCUAUGAAUUAGGUACUGGUAGCUACCGAGUGUAGUGAAGAAAUGUUGGAGAUUUUUAGGAUGAAGUCUGUACUUUUGAAUGAUGCUGUAUCUGAUGGUUCCAGUGACUACUAUAAUUUGUGACGCGUUGGAUGCACUUGAUA